AUGUCGUUACAAACCACCGUCUUGGUCAAUGGGACGUGGGCCACGAGGACGGUUGAUAUUGGAGAACUCCUCUUUCGAAAUCGUGAAUCGGACAGUAUCUCGGGAAGAGCAGAGAAGGCCCAAACACCUGCUACUGGAAUACUGUCCAGAACCCUUGCUCAAGGGCCUGCGGUUCAAUGGAUACUCCCAGCUCGCCUCAGACACCAAGAUCAAAAUGAUGUUGUGUUCAUUGGAGAUAAAUUCAUCCAGAUCAAGGAGCUAGUACCAAGCGGCCACCUAGAAGAAGUGGUUACCAAGUCUGAUUUCGACUCCAGGAUUAUCGGUGCCAAAAUAAUUAACUCUCAACCAGGUCCCGAGCUAGAAGAUCAAAUAAAACAAGGCGGAAGGAUCUCAAGCCCCUCUACUCAAGAAUCACAAGAUGAAGGAAAGGUCCCACCUCAUAUAUUGGUUCUAGUGUUAAGCUCAAAGGAAAUUCUUUUUAUGUUUACCAAGCCUGGAUCUCGUGGUGUUCCUGAGUUCGUUUAUUCUAGGCGCCCUUUGCCAGCGGAUACGAGUGCUCUGGAGGAAUAUGGCAGACACAUCGCUGUGGAACCACGGUAA